GACCCUUUAUUGAGUUGAUAAUGAUCUGAUCAAGAUGAUUUGAUUGAAUCUCUGAGUUUGAAAAAUAACAAUGAUGUAAAAACUGAUGAGAAAAUUUUAAUUUUCCAUCAUUACUCGAAGCCAUUAGUAAACUAAUUCAAAGAGAACAUCUAUAAAUGACAUGCCAUUAGAGCGAUUUUGAAGUCGCAAACAACACAAUGCUGCUAAAAUGUUGUUUCAUUUUGAUCAUUAUUCUUAAAAUUAUUUCAUGUGACGACCUAAAGCCCGAGACAAAAACGACAAAUAUCAAGAAACUUUUAGAUAGUAUGAACAAUCCACUGACAAACAGAAUCCAACUUACCAAUAAUACAGGAAGGUACCUUAAUGAAUACAACGUUGUAACCAAUGAUCAGUACAUAUUAAGAAUAUUUAGGCUGACUUAUGAAAAUUAUAAAGUAACGUUUGAAAAGUACCCGGUGUUACUGGUACACGGUUUGUUUCAAUCUUCGGACAGGUUUCUGCAGCAACGGGAAAAUCAGUCUUUGGCCUUCAAACUUCAAGAUUUCGGAUAUGAUGUGUGGCUAGCUAACUUCCGAGGCAACAAAUAUAGCCGAAGUCACACAUCCUUCGGACCAGAAACAAAAUAUAAAGCAAUUUUUUUCAACUACACUUACGAGGAAAUCGCUCUACACGACAUUGCUGCUACUGUAGAUUUCAUUGUCGACAAUACUAAGCAGGAAAAAAUACAUUACAUUGGCUAUUCAUUGGGAGGCACCAGCUUUUUAGUACUUAAUGCUAUGAAUCCUGAAUACAAUAAUAAAUUUGACACAGCGCAUCUCUUGGCUCCAAUUGGGUACCAAAACUACUUCCCUAAUAAAGAUCUCGAGAAUGAGGCUAGUCGCUGUGACGAAAUAUAUGAAGAACUUUUAAAUGUUAGCACCCUGGAAAUAUUCCCAUAUGAGCCUGCAAAUAAAGAUAUUCUCUUUUCGGCAGAACAAUGCCUUGGCAAUGAUACUUAUCGAAAUAUAUGCAACUUAUUGAAAAUUAAUGAAGCAAUGGACAUACAAAGUCAAGGCAAUAAAAUAAAUGAAACGAGGGGUGGAUCUAUCAAACAGUUAGUUCAUUUAGCACAAAAUGUAAAAUCUAAAAGUUUCAGUCGAUGGGAUUACGGGGAAAAGGAAAAUGAAGAUCAUUAUGGAACAAAAGAACCUCCUAAAUAUAAUUUAAGUCUUAUUACUGUUGAAACUAAGAUAUUCUUUGCACCAAACGAUGAGUAUGUGAGCCCAAAAGAUAUUGCUGACAUGGCAGCGAAUAUGGUUAAUGCUACAACAAGAGAAAUAGGUAAGAAUGGUAUUGAUGAUAUGCCUACGAACAUAAGUAAUGCUACAUCAAGAGAAGUACAUGGGAAAUAUAAUACUGAUAUGCCCACGAAUAUGAGUAAUGCUGCAUUAGGAGAUUUAAGAAGGGAAGACGAUUUGACUACAGAUAUAGAUAAAACUACAACAAGAAAAUUAGGUGCGAAAGCUACUACUGGUAUGCCUACAGGUAUAGGUAAUCCUACAUCAAGAAAAGUAGAAAUUGAAGAUGUUACUGGUAUUACUACAGAUAUAGUUGACGCUAGAACAACAGAAGUAGGCAGGAGAGGUAUUACUGAUAUGCCUACUAAUAUGAGUAAUACUACAUCGAGAGAAGUAGAAAGAGGAGAAAUUACUAGUAUGACUACGGAUAAUGGUUACGCUACAACAACAGAAGUAGAUCGGGAAGGUAUUACUGAUAUUCCUACAGAUAUGGGUAAUGCUACAUCACGAAACGUAGAAAUUGAAGAGGUUACUAGUGUGACUAGUAUAGGUGACGCUGCAACGAGAAAAAUAGGCAGGGCAGGUAUUGCGGAUAUGCCUACGCAUACGAGCAAUGUUAUAUUAAGAGAAGUGAAAAAGGAAAAUGUUACCGGUAUGACGACAGAUGUAGGAUGGAAUGAAGGAAGAAGAGAUUUUAAACACAAAGACUUCAUUGAUGCUCCAGACGUGAUGCAACUUGUGUAUGAUAAAAUUAUUAUUGAUUUGGAGAAGAGGUCUAAACACAAAGUUUCAGUUGGAAGGCAAAAUAUAAUUAAAUUAAGCGAUGACAUGAACAGCACGAAGACGACAGAAACAGAAGAUGACCAAGUCAAGGAAAAAUUACGGAAAACAAACUGGUUGAUAGUAGCUUUGAUUCCAGGCCUCAUUCUCUUGUCACUAUUAUUUUUCAUAUGUUUUGUAAGAUCAAUUGAUUUCAAUUGUCAUAUGGAAUUGUGAGUUGCGAAAUAUAUAUCUCAAAUCCU